GUGACCACCCGUCGUUUCUUGAUGACGUCGUUUGUAAGCGGCCAAAUCUGUCUAUUGUGUUGAUCUCGUCGACUGUAUAAAAUAUUUUAAGCUCCACGCAGUUGUUUCUUGAAUGGAUACAGUUUUAUCGAGUAAGAUUCUUACACGUCUUUUGGACAUGGACUGGAAAACAUCCUAAAUAUUAGUCAGCUGUGCACAAGUGCAAAAAUGAACAAAGGGUGGCUGGAGCUCGAGAGUGAUCCAGGACUUUUUACUCUACUGGUAGAAGAUUUUGGUGUCAAAGGUGUCCAGGUAGAGGAAAUCUAUGAUCUCCAAAGCAAGUGUCAAAGUCCUGUAUAUGGCUUCAUCUUCCUAUUCAAGUGGAUUGAGGAACGUCGGUCCAGGAGGAAAGUUAACACUUUGGUGGAUGAGACCUCUGUCAUUGAUGAGGAAAUUGUAAAUGAUAUGUUCUUUGCUCAUCAGCUGAUACCAAACUCAUGUGCCACCCACGCAUUGUUGAGUGUGCUUCUGAACUGCAGUGGUGUUGAGCUCGGCACCACUCUUAGUCGCAUGAAGGCUUUCACAAAAGGCUUUAGUCCAGAGAUUAAAGGUUACGCAAUAGGAAAUGCCCCAGAACUUGCCAGAGCACAUAACAGCCAUGCCAGACCGGAGCCCAGGCACCUGCCGGAGAAGCAAAAUGGGAUAAGUGCAGUGCGAACCAUGGAAGCCUUCCACUUUGUUAGCUAUGUGCCCAUCAAAGAUCGCCUCUUUGAGCUUGAUGGACUCAAGGCUUACCCCAUUGAUCAUGGGCCUUGGGGAGAGGAGGAGGAAUGGACUGAUAAGGCUCGGCGAGUUAUCAUGGAGAGGAUUGGAUUGGCCACUGCUGGUGAGCCAUACCAUGACAUUCGCUUUAACCUAAUGGCGGUGGUGCCUGACCGCAGAAUGAAGUACGAGUCCAAACUGGAAAUUCUAAAGAGGAAUAGGCAGACUGUUCUGGAGGGUCUACAGAAGUUAAAAUAUUUUCAUAUUCAGAUGAUCCGGCUCACCCAGCCAGAGCUUGUCCAUGACAAGAAGCAGCAGGACUCUUCCUCUCCUGAUGAUGGCACCACAGCGAUCAAGAAAGAGGCUGAUACAGAGCCUGUUACAUCCCAGAGGGCUGAUCAAGUGUCUUCAGAUUCAGUUGAUGAGUCAGGAGGUCAAUCCAAGGAUGCCCCUAGUCCUUCAGGAAAUGCUAAGAUCAUGGGCAAACCGCCAGUCCCCACUGGUGGAGGUCCCCAGCAGGUCACCAGUCCCAACCCCAUAGUUCAACGGCUUCCUGCCUUCUUGGAUAAUCACAACUAUGCUAAGUCUCCAAUGCAGGAGGAGGAAGAUCUUGCUGCUGGUCGCUCCCGGAUCACAGGGCCGCCUCAACAUUCAUACUCCGAUGAGGAAGACGACUAUGAGGAUGAAGAGGAGGAAGUUACUGGUUCUGCAGGCACAUCCAACAGGUUUAGACGGAAGGCGAGCCUGCGUUCACGACCAGGGCGGGUUGGAACUGGAAUGGAGAGCCAGCUCGCCCUCAGUGUCUUGGCUGAGAAACUGAAGAAGGAGGCCCAGAGGAAAGAUGCCCUGAACACACCUCUUUCUGUACGCACAGAAGGCCGCACCGGUGGCAUUUGUAUCACAUCUGCUUCACAACCUUCCCCCACACCCAGCAAUGAGAGUACUGACACGGCCUCCGAGAUUGGCAGCGCCUUCAACUCUCCGCUGCGCUCACCUGCACGCUCCCAGGCUGCCACGCGCCCAUCUAGUCCGGUUGCAUCACAUCUGUCUCGUGUACUGUUUGGAGAAGACGAGAUGCUGAGGCUGGACUCUAGACAUAACCGUGCUGUGAGAGAACUGGGUCCCUCUGUCAGCGCAGCCUUGUUACACCUGCAGGAGGAUGGAGUCCUCUACGCUCUGCCUCCAUCUAUAGAUUCGGCUGCUGAUGGUACGAAGCAGCCUUGUACCCCUGAGAAGAUUAAAGAGAACGAGCAAGCGGGCCUCAUAGCAGGAGAGAAGGAAGGAGUGAACCAGGGAGACGAAGGACCAUCUGUGGAGGCGAAGAAGGAGGACAGUAAAGAAGGAGCAGAUGUGAAACCCAGCAAGGAAAAGCUCAACGCCAUGGAAACCGCUGCAGACAGCAAGCCUUCUGGAGAUAAGUAUUCACCGAAAGAGCUGCUUGCAUUGCUUAAGUGUGUGGAGGCUGACAUUGCCAAUUACGAGGUGCAUUUAAAGGAGGAAGUGGAAAAGAGAAAGAAGUACAAAAUUGAUGAUCAGAGGAGGACCCAUAAUUAUGAUGAAUUCAUCUGCACCUUUAUAUCAAUGCUGGCCCAAGAAGGAAUGCUGGCCAGCCUUGUGGAACAGAACAUUUCCGUGCGUCGUCGGCAGGGAGUAAGUAUCGGCCGCUUGCACAAACAGAGGAAGCCUGAUCGCAGGAAACGCUCCCGACCUUACAAAGCUAAACGCCAGUAAUUACUGUAAAUAACGGAGGAAAAAGAAAUCACUGCAUUCAAAAAACACUCUCAUAAAGGCAGUUUGCAUUUUAGUCAGCGCCUUCUGUUCUUUAUUAAAUCAACCAUGUGUUUGUUCAGUGAUUUUAUCAUUUAUAUAUAUAUAUGUAUGUAUCUCCACUUAAGUGUAAAUUUUUUUUGUGCCAUUGCUGUCUACAGUUUGUAAAUGUGAAAAAAGCAAGACCACACUCAUGUACCUAAAUGCUUUUUAUUGAAAGAUCUUCUUCACAGUCUUGUGGUCAAGUACAGUUUGAGUUAUUUGUUGGAAGAUAACGUUUCUCUAAAACUGUUCUGUAUAAAACAUAAAUGUACACUUUGGUAAAACCUCUUCACUUAUAUUCCUCUGUCACCUUUUCAGUGCCAAGUAUUGAAUGUUUUCAGAAACAAAGAUGAUUUUAUUUAUCCACAGCAUUUCAGUUUCAAUAUAUUCAGUGUAGGAAAUUCAGUAAAGUAUUUUUAGUCACAUUUGUGAUGGACAGUUUCAUGAUACAUCAGUGUUUUUCCUCUUAAUUGGAAGGCAUUUUUAGGUCCUGCAAAUGAAAAUCAAGCUUUUGUGUUAUUUUUGUACCUAAAGUAGGUCUCAGAGCGAGUUAAUAUUAUGUGAGAUGUUUGUUUUGUACAUAUGUAUCUGUUAAUUGGCUUAUCAUGUACUGUACACCGAGUUAAGUGUUUAUUCGUUUUCCAGUUUAUACUACAAUAAAAU